GGUGUGACUCACUUACCGAGCUAUUAAACUCUUUUAUUGGAUAGUGGAAUAAGAAAAACUUCUUUAAAAAAAAAAAGGCAUAACAAUCGGAGAAGAAUAAUUAGCCGCGGAGUCAAGACCGGUCCGCCGUCGUAAAUGGACGGAGUAGGGGCCAGACUAGGCCGGUCAUCUAACAGGUAUGCGCCGACGACAACUGUAUUUACUGGGCCGGUUAGGAGGUGGAAGAAGAAAUGGAUCCACGGAACGCCGCCUAGCUCCGGCAACAGCAACCGUCCAACUGCUAACGGCGGCGUUAACGGCAGUAACGGCUCUCAUCUCUUGCUUUUCAAAUGGACACCCAUUACUUCAAGCCAAAACAGUCACGGCGCUACUAACAGUUCUGCUAAAGAUGACGGCUUCAUAGCGGAGGAGCCACCUAAGCGCAAAUUCAAGUACAUUCCGAUUAACUUGCUUGAAGAACAAAAGAAUGACGCAUCAGAACAAGCUGAAGAUGAUAUUAAACCAAUUGAGAGUGACACAAAUAGUGAAGAGCCAACAUCUCAGGCAGAUGGUUAUGAUGAAAAACCUGACAUCAACGACAUGCCCAUGGAAGAGAUUCAGGCUCCGCAGAGAAAACCUCCACAACGACAAGACUUAAAUGAAAGAACUUUAGACUUGUCUCUGGGUUAGACGUUUCACGACGAAAACAAUUCUGACUCAAAAACAGAUCAAGCAAAAUUUAUUCAGUCAGACAAGUGAACUCCAGGAGCACUAGGUCAUAAUGGGUUUUCCAUGUAAUAUUGCCUUGUACCAGUUGAGUGACUAAACUGCCUUUGUCUUCCAUCAUGUUGGCUUAGGGUGAUUGUAUUCUGUAGACAUUGUUUACUCUGUAGAGGAUUCGAUUUUUCCGGGGACUAUAUAGAGGAAAUCUUUAUGUUGUUGUAUCA